CCCUGAACGCAUCACGUUGAGUCCUGGGUAUUUAACAUUCUACCCCGGACAGCGGCAGGUUGUUGCGCAAGCGUAGCCCAUUCAAUCUGCAUGAAUACGGAGCGAGGAGAGGACAGGAGCACUGGGAGAACUGGGACUGGGAGGACACAGUGGACUGGACGGACCGGACCGUACCGGACCCGGGCAGGCGGACAUGGAGGGACAGAACGGCAGCAGCAGCAUCUGCUCCCGGCCGCACGGCACCGUGACGGCCGGCCAGAAGAAGAAGAAGAAGGAGGAGAAGAGCGAGAAGGAGAAAAUCCCCGACAGAGUGACUCUGAAGAAGGAGAUCGGGCUGCUGAGCGCGUGCACCAUCAUCAUAGUACGCUGCAGGAGUAAACGGAUGCGGGAGGUGAGCGGGUCACUUCCCACCUCGGCAGCCCCCCGGGACCGGGUAAUUUAUGUCUGGUUAUGUAACGGCGGUCUGUGCCACUUGGCUGCCUUCUGCCGUGCUACUGGUUGUUGUGUUUCUCCGAUCUGUCACUCUGCGUUUCAGACCUUUGGAGAGAAGCUGCUGGGGAUGUUCUCCGUCGUCAUGCCGAUCUCCGUGGCUCUCUCCACCUUCGGAGGAAUCAACGGCUACCUGUUCACCUCCUCCAGGCUUUGUUUCUCUGGAGCCAGAGAGGGUCACCUGCCCAGUUUGCUGGCCAUGAUCCACUAUAAGAACUGCACCCCCAUCCCUGCCCUGCUGGUCUGCUGCUCGGCCACCAUCGUCAUCCUCUGCAUCGGAGAGACGCACAACCUGAUCAACUACGUCUCCUUCAUCAACUACCUGUCGUACGGCGUCACCAUCGCAGGCCUGCUGUACUACCGCUGGAAGAAACCCAACCUGUACCGACCCAUCAAGGUGAACCUGCUGGUUCCGGUCUGCUACCUGAUGUUCUGGGCCCUGCUGCUGGGUUUCAGUCUUUACUCGGAGCCCGUGGUCUGUGGCGUGGGUUUGGUCAUCAUGCUCACCGGCGUACCCGUCUACUUCCUGGGCAUCCAUUGGAAAGAAAAACCAAAGUGUAUCUACAACUUCAUUGAAAGGGCGACCUACGUGGGCCAGAGGUUGUGUUUCGUGGUCUUUCCUCAGUUUGACCCCAUCGAGAUCGCCAUAAUGGACUGACCCCUCAUCGGGCAGGGGGUCUGCCACUUCUUUUGAACUUUCUCUCAGAAUACGUGAAGAUCUUCUUGUUUUUACUCCGUCCAGACACUCCUUCAUGGGUUGGGAGCUUCCUGUCUGACCUUUGACCCUCUGAGACUCUGAUCCCCCCAAACAGUCAAGUGGGAACGCCUGUUUGCUGCUUGACCUUUUUAUUUCCCUCUUGUUAUUUCUACUAAGGCGUCCUAAUGCCGACAGGGUCACGCUGUUGAAAAUGACUUUCGUUCCCAUUUUACAACCUUUUGUUUCUUGUUUCUGUAACGAGACAGAACUCGGACCGACGGGGGAACGUUGCCGUUGUAUAAUCGAGUCUAAAGGCCUUUUCACACCAGGUCCCAAACAAAUCUAUAGUCCUGAAAACUAGAAACAGGGUAAAAAAACGUCCAAAAUUCUGAACAUUAAAUUUAAGACCUCAAUACGCCUUGAAAACAGCCAGAUUUUCAUCGAAGGU